CAAUUUACUUUUGAAAUCAGUUUAGUUUCUGUCGUCUUGAGUUUAACCGAGUAUUUAUAUUUAAUAAUAACAGUAGAAUUUAUUAUACGUUUUUAAUGAAAUAAUCAUUCAUUAGGGUUUCAAUUAAAACUGUUGCUUUAGAUUGUACCGAGUUUUUAAAAAUUCACGGUAUCCCUUUGUUCGUUCAAUCGUUAAGUGACGCGACGUUGCCGUACUUCCAAGUGAAACUUAUUCAAGGAUUGAAAUAGUUUUAUUAUAAAGUACAGUUAUUUUUAUAGUAUUAGUAACUACAAAGACAAUAUUAACUACGGUUCUAAAUGAAUUAUGAUCCAGUCUCGUGAAAUGAGUUUUGUUGAACAGUUUUUACUUUCUGACGCAAUAACGGUUUGGCAACAGCGCGUCGAAUCGGAGUGAAUACGCCUUUACAAAUGUUUUAAAAACCCAAGUGGAACAAACUGCAUAUACAGUUUUUCACAUCUUAAUGAGGUACUAGGGCCUCCGCGCCCGGUCGCUGCAUACGUCGGGAAGACGAGACGUGGGGGGAUCGGCGAAGGCGCACGCAACACUUAGCCUUUCCUGCUAUUGCACAUAGGUGCCGAUUCACCCUCAACUCGCAUAGCCCGACAAUGUCUCGAGCGGGCGCGGGGCACCCGGCCGAGACGGGCGUACGUGACGAUCCAACGAUGCUGUACGUCGCACUCAACGAUCUGCUGCAGAUGGAAGCCAAGUUCAGACCAAGGCUGGCGUUGCCCAAAGAUGAACAGAGUGGCGAAGUAACGAUCGGCGCACGCGAUGGCGCAGCGCACGUCCUCAAAUGCCUCAAAGUGUGGUACGACCUGCCGGCUGACGUGCUCAUCAGCGCCAUCAGCUUGUUUGAUCGGUUCCUAACAAAAAUGAAGGUGCGUCCGUGUCACAUACCAUGUAUCACUGUCUCGUGUAUGAACAUCGCUAUUGACGAGUACGCCGAGGUGAACAAGCAAGCGAGGAAGGUUACAGUUGAGGAACUGGUGUCAGUCUCCCAAUCGGCCUGCACAGCUGGUGACGUGUCUCGCAUGUCCCGAGUGAUCACCGACAAGUUGGCCUUACUCCACGGCUCUGCCGUCACAGCGCUGCAUUGGCUGCGGCUCCUCAGACGUCUGGUGGCCAGCGCGGCACAGGAGUUCGGCCUGACUAGGCCCAUUUUGGCUCCAUCAUCUGAAGAUAAUUUGAUCAAGUUAUUGGAGAUUGCCAUUUGUGACGCGGGCUGUGUUAACGCGCGGACCAGUGAACUGGCUCUUGUCAUUGUCUACCAUCAACUUGAACAAGAACUGCUUGAAUGGAGCAGGGAAAGCCCGGUCCCAGACGAAGCUUACUGUCUAUACGAGUUCGCCGCUCACUUACAGGCACAUUGCAACAUGAACGACGCAUCCCUUCUAACAACACGUAACCGUUUCCGCUCAGUACUGGCCAGUUACGAGACCCGCGCCGCUGCCCCGCAGAGACAGAGACUAGUGUGGAGACUCUCUGAAAGGACUUUCAAGGUGCUUCGCCCCACGGACCGAUUGACGUCCCUUCUCCCAACCAUCGAGGAGCAAAAUUUCGCUGUUGACGCGACACCCACUAGGAAGCGAUCCGGGAGCGAAAGCAGCGAAAGCGAAGAAACAUCCGAUUGGCCAAGAAGCCCCGUUCUGCCUGUCUACUGCGGAAACUAGCUCUAAAACCUUUGAACCGGCCGAGGACCCCAGAGUGUCAGCUGUCAACUGUCAACUGUCAAUGUCAAGCGAUUGGCGCCAGAUCCCACUUUUGAACUUUCAAAAUUCCGUGAUCCGCAUCUUUUGACAUAUAUGGAACCGGUUCGAAUUCAGAGUAUUAAUUUGUAAUUUUUUUAUCGCAUUAGCCAGGGCAAUGUUCGUUUUUUUUAUUUUUUAUCGAUAUAUAGCUUUAUUAAUUGUAAUUUUUUUAGAUAAUCUUAUCGGCGGUGUAUCAUAGACAAUGUUACUAGAGUGCUAUACUGUAGAUUAAAUCUAUUUUUAGGCCCAAAAUUUUUUUAACACCUAGCAAUUAAUAUAUUAACGAAAUUUAUUUUUAUUUUUAUUAGUACUUAGUACAGCUUUAGUUAAGUUUCAUCAUUUUCACUAGUGCUAUACCGCCGACUGCAGAAGCGAGCAUUGCUCUAGCCGAUAGCUUUAUAGUUUGUACUGUGAUGAUUUUUAUAAGUGAAAAUGUUCAAAAAAAAAAAUAUUCCAUAUUUUUCUAGACGUAAGCUAUUUUAAGACGUGUGAAUGUGAAGGAAGUCCACCGAUUGUGAGGGCCGGUUUUUCAAUUGCAUUUUGUCAGUCAAGGUUAGGACUACCUCAUUUGUUGGAUUAGGCCCGUAUUCUAACGGCGUUUCAGUCUCAAACCCCUAGCAUAGGAUUUGACAGUUCCAAAUAGUGGGGAAAUUUACGCGAGAAAUGCGGCCGUAAUUUUUGUGUGUUUGAAAAACGGGCCCCAAAUUUUCUUAGUCGCAUGCUAUCUUGGCCGGGUAAAAUUUGAAAAUAUUUUUUAAUUUAGUAUACUUAGUCUAAUGUCUUAAAUUAUAUGUAAACGAAAAAAAAAACAAUAUAAUUUGAAAAAAUCAUAAAAAAAUGAUCUCAAAUCAUUUCAUAAUAUUAGCGUAGAUCAUUGUGUGUAUGUUUGUUUCGUAUUUUAGUUAUUUAUUUCAAUAAAAUUCUGUCGGUAUUUGUUAGGUUGCCUUAGAUCCCGACAUUUUAAUCUGUUGCAUUUUUAGUUUGCUUUUAUUCUGUGACAUUAUGAAUAUAUAAUAAUACAUUGCGGUUGUCAAAACCGAGUAACAUAUAGAUAAAAAAAAACAAUUUACAUUUGAUACUAUAUCAUGUAUAGUUUAAAUGGUAGCUAAUUUGUGUGAAUGUAAUGAGUUAUCACCAGGACAGAGUAAUGUGUUCAUAUUUUAUGUAAAAUUUUUGUAUCUGCAUUUAAUAGUAAUGUACAGCGUGUGGGUACAAGCUAAAUUUUAAAUAUAUAAUUUAUUUUGGACGUCAAAAAUUAUUUUUGUUAUUUGAAUCAAAUUCGUUUUUAGAAUUUUAUUUGAAGGUAAUUGAAUUUGUAUGAAUGUUUUGUUGUAACACGUUGUACAUAUUUUGUCGAACUCGAAUUAGAAGAAUAAAGAAAUUGCGACCUUA